AUGUCCACCCUCUUCCCUUCCCUCUUCCCGCGCGUCACCGAGGCUCUGUGGUUCAACUUGGACCGGCCUUGCGUGGAUGAGAACGAACUGCAGCAGCAGGAGCAGCAGCACCAGGCCUGGCUGCAGAGCAUAGCUGAAAAAGACAAUAAUUUGGUGCCAAUUGGAAAGCCAGCCUCAGAGACUUAUGACGAGGAGGAGGAAGAGGAUGAUGAGGAUGACGAGGACAGCGAGGAGGACUCCGAGGACGAUGAGGACAUGCAGGACAUGGACGAGAUGAACGACUACAACGAGUCUCCGGACGACGGCGAGAUUAACGAGUCCCCCCCCCAGGUGGACAUGGAGGGGGCAGAACCAGACCAGGAUCAGUGGAUGAUCUAGACGCCGUAGAAGCAGAAGGGCUGUC